AUGUAUUAUAAAUACGGUAUAUUUUACUCGGAUAUUCAACACAUCUAUUUUACUACUCUUCCUAAUAAAAGCCUUGUGUCUUUUGGACCACUCACGUCCGAAGACAAAGUUCACGGUGUACAUUUCGGUGCAUACGCUGCCCCAGUGAUCUCACAAAUCUAG